AUGACCACCACCGUCGGCGCCGCGCCGACGGCAAUGGACGAGAAGGCCCGGCGCACGCGCGAUCUCCUGGCCAGUUUCUACAACACCGACCCCGCGGCCGCCGGCGCGGUUGCCGCGUCCCCGGCGCGGCCCUCCCCCACCGCGGCCACCGCGUCGCCGCUCGAGUCCAUCAACUCCACCUCCUUCAACCCUGAUGUCUACAUGGACGUCCUGGUGCAACAAUCAAAUCUGGAAGCCCUUCUACAGAGGCAUGUGAAGAUGGCUGCCGAGAUCAAGAACCUGGACACAGACUUACAGAUGCUAGUAUAUGAGAAUUAUAACAAAUUUAUAAGUGCAACUGACACUAUAAAAAGGAUGAAGACUAACAUUGCUGGUAUGGAGACAAACAUGGAACAACUACUUUCAAAGAUAACAUCAGUGCAGUCAAGAAGUGACACAGUGAACACAUCUCUGUUCAACAAAAGAGAAAACAUAGAGAAAUUACACCGAACACGCAAUCUCCUCCGGAAAGUUCAAUUCAUAUACGAUCUGCCAACUCGGCUCAACAAAUGCAUCAAGGCAGGAGCAUAUGCGGACGCUGUUAGAUUUUUUACUGGAGCAAAACCUAUUUUUGAGGCCUAUGGUGAUACAUCCUUUCAAGACUGUAAAAAAGCAUCUGAGGAGGCAAUGGAUUUGGUUAUACAACAGCUUCAGGCAAAGUUGUAUACAGAUUCUGAACCUAUUGAAGCAAGAGCAGAAGCUGUGGUGCUUCUUAAGCAACUUAAUUUUCCUAUUGAGAACGGAUGCAUUGUACACUUGUGCUUAUUUGAUAUUGUCGGAAGUGCUGAUCUGAAAAUUGGCAGCGGAUGUGAUUUAUUUGGAGCACAGGUCGACAACCUUAAGUCAAACCUACUUGAGAAGCUUGAAGAUUGCCUUUUAAAUUUGCAGACCGAGCCCAUGCAGGCUUCAGUUGGUGAUAUUUCAAAGACAUUCCGUGCUUAUCUCAUAAUAUUUCCUGAUUCAGAAAGUCGUCUCAUUGAACUUGCACAUGCUUUGUUCACAAACCGUUAUGAAACAGUCAGAGGGGCUCUGAAGGAAAGAAUUCCAUCAACAGAUCUGCUGGCAAUGCUACGAGGUUUAUGGGAGGAUGCAACUGCCAUCGACGAAGUUAUAUCAGAGGCUGCACUGCCAGCUUUUUCAUUGGAGACUACUCGAGACAUUAUUAAGCAACACAUAGCAACUGCCUUUCUUCAUCUUCAAACUGAAAUAUCAGAUGUACUGGUCACACAUUCAACAUCAAAUGAGAAGUUAGAAGAGUCACAGCUGCAAACUGCCAUGGAAAAAAGCAAAAUUAAAGUAUCCCAAGGGUGCAUAGAUCUCCUGCAGGAAUUCCGUCAUCUUAUAGAUGGGAAUACAGAGUUGCUAGUAAAGCUGAAAGAUUUGAUUAUUGAUUGGGUACAAGAAGGUUUUCAAGAUUUCUUUCAGAAACUUGAUGGGCAUUUUCAUCUGCUUUCUGGGAGAAGCACGGGUUUCUCUCAAGAGUCAAGUACUGUGGAUUUUGUGCAAAUUGACAAGGUUCCAACAGUGUUGGUACUCAUGCUUGCGCAGCUUUGUGUUUUCAUAGAACAGACAACGAUUCCUAAAGUUACAGAGGAUCUGGCUGAUUCUUUCUCUGGAGGGGGAGCACGUAGCUCUGAAUAUGGACCACCUUUUGUACCUGGGGAGAUAUGUCGUCUAUAUCGUUCAUCUGGGGAGAAAUUCUUACAACAUUACGUAAAUAUAAAGACUCAGAAGAUUUCCAAACUUCUUAAUAAGCGAUUUUCGACACCGGUCUGGCUAAAGUUUGCUCACGUUUGUGUUCUGUAUAUUCAACCAAAACAGCACAAGGAACCACGGGAAGUUAACAUGUUUGUUGAUCUACUUCUCCUAGAGUUCAAUGGCGUAGUAUCUGAAGUCAAGCAGAUCUUACCUGGUUUAAUCCGGCGACAUCGGCAUUCUGAUAGCACUGGCAGCACCACUUCCUCUAGAAGCAAUCCGAUGCGAGAAGACAUGUUGAACCGAUCAAACACAAACCGGAGUAGAAGUCAAUUUCUAGAAAAUCAUCUAGCAAAAUUAUUCGAACAGAAAAUGGAAAUAUUCACCAAACUUGAAUACACACAGGAAUCUGUAAUUUCUACCGUCCUCAAGCUUUGCCUGAAAAGUUUGCAAGAAUUUGUCCGGCUUCAGACCUUCAACAGAAGUGGAUUUCAGCAGAUUCAGUUGGAUAUGGAAUUUCUGAAGAGCUCCCUCAAGGAGUUUAUUGAUGAUGAAGCAGCCAUAAGCUUUUUACUUAAAGAGGUGAACAAUGCUGCACACGAGAGAUGUCUUGACCCGAUACCUCUUGAGGCCCCAAUAUUAGAUAAACUCAUAAAUGCAAAACUGGCAAAAAUCAAAGAGCAAAGCGCGAAUAUGUAG